UAUUAUUAUUAUUAUUAUUAUAUCUUAAAACAGACUAUUAUUAUACAUGUCCCCUUGGAGCAAAUUGCGCAUCUGCUCUAUACUCAAUAGAGUGAACGUAGGAACACACUUGUAUCUGUCAUUUUGCACCCGUAGUCGCCCUGUUUUUGAACGCCGUUUCUUUCCCUCCCACAAGAUAAUUCACAAGUCUUUAACUAUGGUGUUGCUGUUGUUAUGUCAACAAACUCUAACCUCGUUUCUGCAUAGCAUAGUUUGUUUGAUCGAGAUUGUUGUGUUGUUAAGAGAAUAAAUUAUAAAAUUUUCGUAUUUUCCGGCGACAGCAUGUUUAAAAAUACGUUUCAAAGUGGAUUUUUGUCUAUUCUGUAUAGUAUUGGUAGCAAACCGCUCCAGAUAUGGGACAAAAAGGUUAAAAAUGGACACAUUAAGCGGAUCACAGACGAAGAUAUUCAAUCUUUAGUGCUCGAAAUAGUUGGUUGUAACGUUAGCACCACAUAUAUUACAUGUCCGGCCGAUCCCCGGAAAACUUUAGGCAUCAAGUUGCCUUACUUGGUGAUGAUUGUUAAAAAUUUGAAGAAAUACUUUACAUUUGAAGUACAGAUUCUGGACGAUAAAAACGUGCGCCGCAGGUUCAGAGCUAGCAACUACCAAUCAACCACGCGAGUAAAACCGUUUAUAUGCACGAUGCCGAUGAGACUGGAUGAGGGCUGGAAUCAGAUACAAUUUAAUGUGGCCGAUUUCACCAGAAGAGCCUACGGUACCAAUUACGUUGAAACGUUGCGGGUCCAAGUCCACGCCAAUUGCCGAAUACGACGAGUCUAUUUUUCGGACAGAUUGUACUCCGAGGACGAAUUACCCGCCGAAUUCAAGCUGUUUUUGCCAAUCCAGAACAAGGCGAGGACAGCAGUGACCACAACCAGUUAAUGUAGGAGUGGCACUUGAAAAUAAAUCUUCUGUCCAAGGGGUUAUAUGCGUUUUAAAUGCGCGUGCAAAUUGAUAUUGUUUAAUGCGAAAUUGACUUCUCAGUUUGUUGCCAGACUACAACUCCAGAAGUUUAUUGUUGUGCAUGCACAUAAAUGUGCUUCUAAACAGAUGCUGACAAUGCCAUGCAUACUUUUGUUUGCCCGAUGAAUUCCACAUUCAUACCUAAUUAUUAAAGUUUAUCGACAAUCGAA